AUGUAAAUCUCCAAUCGUUCAAUAGAAGAUUACAAAAACCAUAACUACACUAACAAAUUACUAUUAAAAGCCUCAAAUAUUCAUAUGAAACCAAAUGAAACAAUAUCACCGAUAAGAAAAAAAAGUAUGAUGGAUUCCAAUAUACCGUCCAUUUAUAAUGAAACUGAUAGAAUGACUGAUAGAAUUAGGUUAUAAAUGAGGGAGAAGAAUAAAUCUUGUUGUAAUAUGCCUGAUGAAGACAUUUCGGAUUCUCCUUUUUAGAAAUACUCCUAAUUUGUUAUAAUGAACCAGAAUGUUAAAUAACUUAUGAUUGGUAUUGAAAAGAAGCUGAAGAACUUCAAGUUUGCAAAAGAGAAUGAUCACAAUUCAUGUGCAUCAAUCAUUGCCAAAAUGAAGUGUUUUUGCUUGGACAACUGUUGUUUCGAUUUUUAUCGUUGUACAGACCUUAUCCUCUUGAAAUAUCUGAUUUACUUACUAAUUCAAGAAUUAAACUCUAAUAAGAUAGGCGAUAGCACAAGUUGUUUGUCGGAUUAGCCACCUCCUUAAUUAAAGAAUUUGAUCAAAGAUGCAAUCGCCAUAAUGCAUGAGACUGUUGAGGAGUUAAAGAAUAAACAAUUGAUUGACAAAAAUAGCAAUAAAUCUAUUGAUUAAUUGAAUAAAUAGAUUAAAAAGAUGUAGUAAGUGAUGGGAGGGUCGAACUAGAGUUACGAUGUAUUUACGACUCCGCAAUCGAAUAUCAAAAAGAUUGACCUGUUUUUAAAACAGCAGAGUGCAACUCAGAAGAGAGAAAUCAAUUAAACUUCGCCAUCUUUAAAUUCUGAAAAGAUUAUAUAAUUUCAGAUUGAUGAAUUAUCAAUGAAAAAUGAUCAGAUUUAAAAACUAAAUGGUAGGAUCAAGGAUUAAGAAUAAGAAAUUAAGAUUCUCACUCAAUAAAUAGCUGAGGCCAAUUUGAGUUUACAAAUAUCCUAAAAGUCCCUCCAGAAUAAAGAAUCAGAGAUGAAAGAUCUGAUAAAGAAAACAGACAAAUUAUUGGAAACCACCAGUCAAGCUCUAAAGGAUAAGGAGGCAUACCAGAAUACUUGUAAAUCGAUCAAGUAGGAUCAUGAUCAGUUAAAAACUUUGUUCGAUGAUUUAUAGAAAAGCAACCAAAGUAUAAUACAGGAGUAUCAUGUAUUGAGACAAUCACAAAAUGAUUCAUAGGAUUCAGACAUGCAGAAAUAUAAAUCGGAUGAGGAAAGGUAUAAAUAGGAUCGCGAAUUGUUGGAUAAGAACAAUAAGUAAUUAAAAGCAGAUGGAUUAGCGUUGGGUUCAUAAUUGAAGGAUAUUUCCAAUAAAAUAAUGUAGGUUUCGCCAGACUUACUACCAAAAUCUCUAUAAUAAUUGUAAAGAGAUCUGUAUUUGUAAGAGAGUAAGAUAAAUGAAAAACUCAAUAAUAUUCAAUAUGUGUAAUUAGAACAAAGUAAUAAGCCUAACUCAAUGUAAAAGUUGCAGUAGAAAUAAAUUGUGAAUUAGAAUCAGAAUUAAUAUUUGAAUCAAUACUAAAAUUAGAAUCAACAAUUUGAGCACCAGCUAAAAUCUAUCAAAAGUCAUUCAGACAUUAUGACAAUGAUUUUAAUAUAAUGUGAAGUAAUUGAGAAGUUUAUUAAUUGA